AUAACCAGACCAGCCGGCUUGCCAGUUUCCCUCGCAUCAGUCGUCAAAGAAACAGAUAGCUGCCGUGCCGGGUAAAUAUGUCAAUCAGUUUGCUGCAAUCGUGCUCUACACUCGUUCGUCGCAGCUUUCUUCCCGCUUCCAUUCGUUUGUACGCUUCCGCCGUCAAGAAAACCAUGGAACAGCACCAGGUUGUACCGGAUGUCAUCCCAGUGGCCCCAGCCGAGGAGGCCAAGGUGAGCUAUCCUAGUGGCGCGGUGGUUCAGCAAGGAAACGAGCUGACCCCAACCCAGGUGAAAGACAUCCCGAAGGUGGAAUGGAAUGCCGAUUCUGGAUCAUUCUACACCUUGUGCAUGACCGACCCGGAUGCGCCUAGCCGGAAGGAACCAACUUACCGGGAAUGGCACCAUUGGUUGGUUGGAAACAUUCCUGGAGCGGAGGUGGCCAAGGGCGAAACCCUUUCCGAGUACGUUGGAUCCGGACCGCCGGAAGGAACCGGCCUGCACCGGUACGUCUUUUUGGUGUACAAGCAGAACGGCAAGCUGAGCUUCGACGAGCCACGGUUAACUAACCGCAGUGCGGACAAUCGCGGCGGGUUCUCGAUCCGAAAGUUCGCCGAGAAGCACCAGCUAGGCAACCCGGUUGCCGGCAACCUCUAUCAGGCCCAGUGGGACGAUUAUGUACCGCUGCUGUACAAGCAACUGGGUGCCUAAAUGUUUGCUUUUUUUUAAAUACAUUUAUUAAAGUGGUAUAAAAUUCCCGGGAGAAAAUUUGUUACAAAUUUGCAUGGAGAAAUUGAUUCAAUAAACAUUGGAGUUGUGUGAGGAA